AUGUCAAUAUCUCUUUCUCUGGGGGUUGAUCUCCAGGUUUGUGCUUCUAAAAAUCCAACAUGCUGUACCAAGAAGAUGGAAGAAAGAUACCAGGCUGCGGCAAAGCAAGAUAUAGAGCAAGUGCUUCAAACAUCAAGCACUACAUUAAAAUUUUUAAUAUCUCGUAAUGCAGCUGCUUUUCAAGAAACCUUUGAAAUGCUUAUCAGACUGGCUGAGAAUUACACAAGCACACUUUUCUCCAAAACAUAUAAAAACAUGGCUGCUGAGGCUACUACACAUGUACAGGAGUUUUUCACAGAUGUUGGACUCUUCGUAUUUGGCACAGACAUUAGCACAGAGGAAUCUCUCAACAGAUUUCUUGACACCCUCUUCCCAGUCAUCUACAACCAUGUGAUUAACCCUGGUCUGACUGACAUUUCAAUAGAAUAUGCGGAGUGCCUCCAAAUGGCGAGAAGAGACAUCAAACCCUUUGGUAAAAUUCCCAAAAAGGCCAUAAGACAAAUGGGAAGAUCACUGUUACCCAGCCUGACUUUCUUGCAGGCUCUGAAUUUGGGGAUUGAAGUGAUCAAUACAACAGAUCAUCUGCAUUUCUCUAAAGACUGCAGCAGAGCUUUACUGAGAAUGCAGUACUGCCCCCAUUGCCAAGGACUGACUUUAAGUAAGCCCUGAUACUGCCUCAACAUUAUCCGAGGCUGCUUAGCUAACAUAGCGGAAGCUGAUCUUCAUUGGCGGGGAUAUAUUCAGUCCCUGGAGGAGCUCUCAAGUGCCAUGAGUGGAACAUAUGACAUUGAGCACAUGCUUCUGAACUUCCACUUGCUUGUUAAUGAUGCUUUCUUACAGGCUCAUGUCAAUGGUCCAGAAUUAUCUGAGCAGGUGAACAAAGUAUGUGGUCCUCCUGUAAGGAAGCCUAUGCAGUCUCCAGGUUGCUCCUUAGAUCAAAAUAGAGAUAAUCAAGGGUUGAAGAUGUUCUCAAGAGACGGCGAAGAAACCCUCUCCAGCAGAAGAAAACUUUUCUCAGUAUAUGGCAAAUUGAGAUCACUGCAAAGACUUGGAGAUUUUAUUUGUAUGUGGCUUACCAUUAGAGAGUAAAAUCUGCCAGACUACAUUUAAGUGUUUAAGUUGCUGCGAUAUUCUAUGGAGAGAAGGAUUCAAUUCAGCUGCCCACACAACUACAAGCAUCCAGUGCCACCCAGUGCCACUUGAGGAUA